AGAAGACCAAAAUGUAUUUGAAAUAAAAAACAGAAAUGAAAACAGACAGAACAAGGAAAAAAGUGGUAUAAAAAUGAAAGUAGAGAAAGCAUUAGAAAACUAUCUAAAUCUAGACAGGAUGGAGAGAACGCUUGAAAAAGCGUAUAAAAAACAUCAAAAUGCAUCUCAACGUCCGUUAGUAUGAAAUUUAAAAACAAACGCGAAUUCGCUCUAAACAAAUUAAGUCGAAGUCGCUUUAGUUUCAUUUUCCGCAAGCUGCGUAUAACAUUUACGGCAAAAUCUACGAUACGUCGUCACGGCAACGUCGCUUAGAGCAUCUCCUAUCGCAUUUUGAAGCAAGUUUUCAGUGGAAUGAACCAUCGGAGGUCGAUUGGAAGCGUAGUUUGGUGUUUCUGGUCUAUACGAGUUCCAUCAUAUUUGGAAACAAAACACGCGGUCUUAACGCGGGAAUAUUUUUUGAGAAAUACUCCGCGGGCUUUCGAUUCCGAUUUAAUUGUGAUAUGAGAGUGUUUUAAACUAAUCGAAAUGUAUUACUUUAUGACCGGCGUGGUGCAAAACUGUGAAAAUAUUUUGAGAGCUCAAUUAGAGACAACAGGAAGUCCUCAAGCCAAAUCACCAGCAGGCAGCAGUCAGGGGGCACUUCCCCCAGAAGCGAGAACACCCACCGCUUCUUCCAAAGGGGCACUCCAAAAUGUCAAGGGGGACCACCCAUCGGUAAGCCAGGAUAUGGCAUUUCUUCAAAAUCGCUCAAUAUCGUUGGUGGACAUGUACAUUGACAAUUCUGAACCUUCAGAAAACGUUGGGCAGAUACAUUUUUCCUUGGAAUAUGACUUUCAAAACACAACGCUCAUUCUUAGAAUAAUACAGGGUAAAGAUCUACCGGCCAAAGAUCUGUCAGGUACUAGUGACCCUUACGUCCGCGUCACGCUAUUACCCGAUAAGAAACAUCGUUUAGAAACAAAGAUAAAACGUAGAACGUUGAAUCCUCGAUGGAACGAGACCUUCUACUUCGAAGGAUUUCCUAUUCAGAAACUGCAGUCGAGAAUACUGCAUCUGCACGUUUUCGACUACGACAGGUUUUCCAGGGACGACUCAAUCGGAGAAGUAUUCCUACCAUUAUGUCAGGUUGAUUUAAGUGAAAAACCUUCAUUUUGGAAGGCGUUAAAGCCUCCAGCAAAAGAUAAAUGCGGCGAGUUACUAACUUCGCUAUGCUACCAUCCUAGUAGCAGCAUUUUGACGUUAACUUUGAUCAAAGCACGAAAUCUUAAAGCAAAAGACAUCAACGGAAAAUCAGAUCCUUAUGUAAAAGUAUGGCUUCAAUUCGGCGAUAAACGUAUAGAAAAACGAAAAACGGCCAUCUUCAAAUGUACCCUCAAUCCUGUUUUUAACGACUCGUUUUCUUUUACCGUACCAUGGGAGAAGAUUCGAGAAUGUUCUUUAGACGUAAUGGUAAUGGACUUUGAUAAUAUUGGAAGAAAUGAGUUGAUAGGACGAAUAUUAUUGGCAGGUAAAAACGGCUCCGGCGCUUCUGAAACCAAACAUUGGCAGGACAUGAUCACCAAACCAAGACAGAAUGUUAUACAAUGGCAUAGACUUAAACCAGAAUAAGAAAAUUAUAGUAUAACGAAUAUAACUUCGAAAGCACCUCACAUCAUCUUUCAAAGUAUUUAUAAUCGGAUAUUAUCUAUUUAAUAUUCAUGUUAUCUCACUAUAUAUUUAUAUCUUAUAUUCGUUGAUUUUUGUCAAAUUUUAUUAAUUAAAACAUAUCUAAGGGGUUGUCUUAAAUGUUUUUUAUGGAGAAUAAAAAAAUUAUUCAGCACCAUCUUCAAAAUUCAGUUUAUAACACAAAAAGACGCAAAAAUCUAACCCUACAUCGUUAAAAAAUAUUCAAUUUCAUGCGAAUCACCGAAAUUGAAUUAAAUUAGAAAUUUGGACUCACACUUUUUUAUAAUCGCGUACGAUUAUUUAAUAAUCUAAAAUACAAAAUUAUCACUAUCAAUUUUGACUAAAAUAUUUAUAUCAAAACAUAUCCGAAGUCGAAUUAAAUUUGGCUGCUUAUUAUUUAGUUGAAUUUCAUUGUCUAUGGUUGGUGUAAUCGUUUUUGAUUAUGCAUCUAGAGUCAAGGACCAAAGGACGGUCUACUUAACCAAAUCUGUCAGACUAUCUUCUGACGUCACAAGUUACACGACAUUACCUCAUUUUAUAUUAAAACGUAAACAAACAACAAAAUAAUAAAUAAUGUAGUUGCUUUCCUUAAAAUAUCACUUCAUAAGGUGAAUAAAAUGUGAGUAACUUCCUAUAUUUGGAAAAAGUUGAAAGCACAAAAUGAGAAACGGACCCAAAAAAUCGAAGCGGGGCUGCAUAUCAACUAAAAAGAUUGAAGAAAUAUUAACUGAACUCAAUAUGACCAUUAUUCUUGUCAAUAUCAUCAAGAUAAAAGAUUGCUUAGGAUGGCAACGUAGUUUGUGACAUCACAAAAUUGGAUUGUAAUGAAAUUAGACCGUCCUCUUCUUUAUGGAACAGUCCUUGACCUAUAGUAGUGUUAUGUGAAGUUUUCUAAUGUCAUGUCAAUGUUUAUUUUGUGGUUUUAAUGUGUUUAUUUAUUGAAUAAAUAAUUAUUGUUAUCAAUACUUUUCAAUACUCAGUUAACAAUUGCAGAUUUUUUAGUUUAUUCUUACUAACUCAUAAUUGUCGGAAUUAUGUUUUUUUUAAACGCGGAUGUUUUAAAAGGGUACAGUUGGGAUUGAAAUAUAAAUCUGAUUUGAAACUUGAAUAUUCAAUCCUAGCGAGAAAAGCGAUAUAUUUCUAAAUAUUAAGAUAAAAUUUUACUUGUUGACUGGUAUAAUUAGUGUACUAGACGAGACAUUUAAGACAAUUUCUAUAUUUAAAAGUAUAUAAAAUAUCUAUUUUUUUUUAUUUACACAAAAAUAUUUUACAUUCCAAAAAAUACAGUAGUAUUUCUAAACCUCUAUAUUUACCUUAAAAAUUAUUACCAACCAUAAAAACUAUACAGAAAAAUUAUUUUUAUAAAAAAUCAAUUGUAUUUAAUUACUAUUAAUAAUAAUUAAUGAGGCAUUAUUAUCUAUUUGAAAUUUGACUUUUUCAUGAAUUUGUGAAGCAAAUAACUCACGAUUUUUAGAACAAAUUGUUAUACAAACUUUUUUCGAUUAAUUUUUUUUCAUUUUUGGCAUUUAUUGGGUUCAAUGGAACUGAAAGUCAACUGGUGUGAAGAAUCAAUGAAGACGCAUGACAGUUUAUUUAUGUAAGACCCUACUUGUUUAUUUAAAAUAUUUGACUGAAAGUUUCAUUAAUUAAAUGCCCUUUUAUUCAAAUCACUUUGUGUGUAGUUUUAUUUAUGAAAAGCGCUGUAAUGGAAUCUUUAUCAACAAACAAUUAACGAAUUAGUUGAAACAUAUUUAUUGAUAUAAAUGAACUAUUUUUAAAAUUAAUCAUAAUUUAUUUUUUUAUGAAUCCCUAUAUCUCUUAACUCUUUCACGAGCACAACUACUUAAAUUAGAAAUAUGAGGGUUGUUCCAUCUACGAAAAUUUCUUCAUUAAUUUUCCCACAAAAAAAAUUACGACGUUGAUGAUAUUUUCAAAAAUGGGACAAUCUUAAUAUUAAAUUAUAAAAUAUAAACGAUGUCUAAAUAACAUAACAAAUAUUCAAAAAAAGAACUGCGAAAAAAGUCUCUGAAAUGAGAAGUAUUUUUUGUGAUACCUUGUAGUAAUGUUAAAAUAUUGUUAUAUUAAAUGUGAAUAUUCAUAUUAUAAUAGCUAUAAGAUUUAAUACUUAAAUUUUCAUCGUUCAACUAUUUUCCGCACAAAAAACAGAUUCCAUAUUAUUUUCAAUGGAUUUCGUCUACUAAUAUACUAAUUAAAAGUUUUUAUAUUAAUUACAAUGCGCUACCCAAAAUGUACUGUCGUGUAUCCUCUAGGAAUACUGAACUAAUAUAAAAUAACGCACACGAAAUAUUCACUAAUUGGAAUAACUAUAUUCGUAACUUUAUUAAUAAUUAAUCAUACAUUUACAUGUUCUUUUUAAUGACAACUUAACUUUCUUCUUCUCUUUUAUUCCAUGUUUUGGAUUUGGCAAGAGAUAUGGGAGGGAGAAUAAACGUCAAAUAAUGCGGUAAGCUGCUAUUUUGGUUUUAACAUCGGCGGCAAAUUACAUAAAAAUUAUAAUACAUAACAACUAUCAAGCGCCGCGUGUCAUUAUGUAAUUUUUGAUAUUGUUUUCUGUACAGUUUUCAAUGUUGACAAAAACUUUGAGGUGUCAUACGAGCACAUCGAAUACUGUACAGAACCCACACGACAUCGUUCCAAGAAGAAACGAUAAAUGACAGCAACAGUGCUCACUAACUGACAUUUAUAAACUAAAACCGCGUAAUCUGUUACCAAAGUUCCGAAAUACGAGUACGUUGUCUCAGAACAUUCUUGAAUCAACGGUAACUAAUGGGAAGCUCAAAAUGGCGUCUCUCGAAGUUUAUUCUUCCCUCCAAAUCUCUGUAUUUGACGCACAGUGCUGCAGUACGCGCGCACAAGAACUAAUUAUAUUAUAUAUUAACUGCUGAACAAUGAGGCAUUGAACUAUAUAAAAAAUAUUAAUUUUAAAGUUGAACGACAAAAAUUUCAGUAAAACUAAAUUAUUAUGUAGUUUUAACUGUCUACAAGUGUAACGACAACACGCUUUAUCUUUGUCUGUAUAGUAAAAUUAACUAGAAUGAAUUCAGAAUGGAUUUUUCGGAGAAGGUCAUUGAAGGAACGAUCAGAUUUGUGAUUUUGGGUGUUUUUGCAAAGAAUUUUGAUGUGCUUUUUGUAAUAUAGCGAUAGAUUCGAUAUACUUGUAAUUUUCAUAUGGACAAAAUAUUUUUUGCUAUAAAUUCAGUAGUAGGCAUUCAUCGACAGAUAAAUUAUUGUAUGAUUUCAAAUAAAUUCAGUGGAAUUCUAGUUACGUCAUAUGACGCCAUUACACAUUCCACUAGAUUAAUAGGCCAAGCUGUAGGGAUUUGAAAAUGCAUAAUUGUAACAAAAAUUUUAGCAACGAACCGAUCGCCACAAGAGAAAUAAAUAAAACUAGAAGAAUUAUUGGCAUACAAUGUUUUUAUGCCAAAAAAUAAUUGAAUCUUUUUCAAUAAGCGGUAUUUAUAGAGUCGAUUCCAUCAUAAUUUACAUUAUCGGGGAGAGAGACUCGUUAGGUUGUUUUUAUUUGGAAAGUAGGUUCAUUUGUGUAAUAGCCCUGAUAUAGGAAAGUUUUUUCUCUGCAGGGCUAUUACAUCAUCGUCAUUUGUCUAUUAUUAUAUAAACGCUUUUCGAGAUAUCUAAGUGGUUUAUGUCAAAUUUACGGAAUUUUUAAAUUUAUAAUCGGAUUUAUGAUAAGAUAUACAGACCAAUUGGAAAAAACGUGCUGCAAACGUUCAAAAAGUGGGCAAUUUAACUGAAAAAUUGACAUUUAAAACGGGUCUAAUUGUUCGAUUGAGACAUUCUAUCUCAUAUUUUGUAAAUAUUUUUAUUUUCCACAAAUCGUCUUAUUGGAAAGUUUUGAUUUCUCUAUUAAUUUCAAAGUUGUAAGCAAUAAAACGCGUCUUUGUUGCAUUUAAUUUUUCAAUAAAUAAUAGGAACCAGAAAUGCGAGCUAAGAAACACAAACCUAUUCAUCUUUUUACAAUAUUUGAUAAAAUCGUAAGAUUUUUUUGUUGACAUUAUUUUUGUCAAGCCAAAUACCCUAUACUUGGCCUAUAAUCAAUGUCUACUGGUGAUAAAUCAGUGUUGCCAACUAAAAUAUGUAAUGAAAGGAACAUUGCUAAUGUAAUUUUAUGAUGAAAUCUCAUCAUCAAGUUGGCUUGGUAUAAAAAUUUUCUGUCAAUGAAUGCGAUAAAAUUAGUAGUUCACGUAUUUUUUUAAUCAUAGAUAAGUAUCGUUACCCUGUUAAUAUGUGGCCAAUUGUGAAAACUCGAUGUUGAUUAUCAGUUGUAAUAUAUUUCAAAAUUUUAUCAAGCUCGAUGUGGAACAAGAUCGCUUUUGAAAUAACUUGAUCUACAAGUUUAUUAUUUCGAAACAAAAUUCACAAUUCGUAAUCUAUAAAUUUUUUGUGGUACCUCUAAUUUUAAUUGUGGAAAACUCCUGUUGAGUGCUUUUCAAUUGUUGCUUCAGAAUAGUUAUAGAUGUAAAUUAAGAAAAUUCAUGACUGUUAUAUAAAAUUCAUUGUUUAAUCAACUAUAGUAUAGCAAAUUAUGAAUUUUAUUGUUGCCUAGACUUUACGAGGACAUUUCACGUUCAUAAUUUAUAGCGAACCAAUGGUGGUUGCCUACUUUUAUUAUAGAUAAACUUUUAUUGUUGAAAUGUUGGCUUUAUACCCUCUUUAAUAUAUUCUAAACAACUGUUCAACUUAAUAGUCUAUAAGAUUCCUUUCCACAUAUACAUUAUAUAUCAAAAAUGAUUUUAUUUUCCAAGUUGUUCUCAAAAUAUUUAGCUAUUUGAUCCUAAACUAACCUAACCUAAAAAAUGUUUGGUAAUUGUGAUAUUUAAUUGUUAUUUUUUAAAAUAGUUCGUUUUUGUAUGUACUUUUGGAUUCUUUAUGACCCCACUUCCGAAAAAUAACAUUUUUUUGAAUCUAUUCACUAUUGAUUAACGUCUAAUGAUUUAAAAUAAGUAUAGUUCGUUCCAAAACUAAGAAUUUCUAUGGAAAUCUGUAUUUGCAACAUUGUCAAAUGAUACAAAUAGUUAUGUUACUAAAAAUUUAAUUUUUGUUUUAAAAUCUGUAAGUAUACAUGUUUAUUUUAUCAUUUUAAUAACCCCGCUACUGAUCGUAACACUAUUUUUAAUCUGCAUACCAUUAGGACUCGUUCUAUUUUUAUUUUACCAGACUACAUUCAAAGAAAAACACCAUUUUAAAAAUAAUAAGGUGAAACAAACCAAAGUAUGUAUCGAUGUUUUUAUUUGUUUGCAGCAAAACAAUAAAUAAUUUCGACAAGUUUUUUCAAAAGUGUUAGAAAGAUAACACCUAGAUAACUGGGUGUAGAAGAAGCAGUUUAACUGUAGUGCCUGAAAUAAACGUAUCGUUUUUUGCGUUUACAUACUGAAAAAUAUUUUCAAAAAUUAUUUAGAAAAAUAAGUAGUUGUAAUUUUCGAUUACGGGAUAAAAUGUUGGCAUUUUAAAGCAGUUUAGCUAUCUAGUAUACUAAAGUAAUGAUAGUUCGAUGUAUUUUUAAAAGACAGCUUAGGAUUUUUAUAUAUUGUGGUUUAGACUUCCGUGAAAUCAUCUUGAAAACAUUAACGUAUCAUUACGUAAUCAAUUUCAUUCUUUCUUACUUCAAAUAACUAAUAAAUGUAUAUUUUAAUUUUAAAUUCAUGCGUAUUCUCUUACGGCAAAUUGGGAAUGAAAGGGAACAAUUACACAGUAAAAAGCUGGGAAUUAUUGCAAAACAAUAUCCUAAAUGAAAAUCGUCAUGAUUUUUUUUGGUGUUAGAUAGUUUCUUGUUUUUUUAAUGGUUUUUAUGUUCUAAUUGCUAUUCGAUCUACUACCGAUCCAAAAAUGUCAAAGUUCCCUUUACAAUGGUCAAUCUAUCAAUUUCGAAUAAAGUUCAUUAGCUUCUGUUCGGCCAUUUUUAAACAGCUGAUAAAUUCCAGAUGUUUUAUCAUACAAAAUACACUAAUAAAAAUAAAAGUUAUGUCACAACAAGCUUUGUUAUUUAGAUAGGCAACAAUUUCAACUAUGUUAAUCAUUCGACUUUGUAUCUAUAUUUUACAAGGGUACCGCAGUUGUUCGAGGUAUUUUACGAAGUCCAAAACACGUUAAAGAUUGUUGAACUUAAAUUUUAUCAUUUGAAGGAUUUUUAUGAAGUGUUACUCUUAAAAUUAUUAAAAGAGAACUACAUGUUGUGUAGGUUUUGCCAUCAUCAAAUCAAUGUUGAAAAACAACAAAACAUUUAAAUGUAUGUAAAUAUAUGUUAGUUGACAGUAACCUAAUAUUGUAGAAGUAUUUAUUAGUAAAGAAUAAACGUAUUUAAUUUA